CUCCCCGCCCCUUGCUCUCUUAGGUGGCGCCGGCUUGCGGCCGGUGUGGCGGCGGUAUAGGUUGGAGAAGCCGGAGUGGGCACGUUCCCUGGACAGGCGGCAGGGCUAUGGUCGCCAGCUCCCGAAGGCCCGCUUCGCAUUUCAGCCAGAUCCUGAGUGCGAGCCUGAGCUGUCUCCUCAGCCCAGUCCCCCGGCGCGGUCGGCUGCUCCCCGGGCGCGCCCCCCUCCGAUGGCGGCGGAGAUCCAGCCCCAGCCCCUGACCCGCAAGCCGAUCCUGCUGCAACGGGUCGAGGGGUCGCAGGAGGUGGUGAACAUGGCGGUGAUCGUGCCUAAGGAGGAGGGUGUUAUCAGCGUCUCGGAAGACAGGACAGUUCGUGUUUGGUUAAAGAGGGACAGUGGACAGUACUGGCCAAGCAUAUACCAUGCAAUGCCUUCUCCAUGUUCAUGCAUGUCUUUUAACCCGGAAACAAGAAGACUGUCCAUAGGUCUAGACAAUGGUACAAUCUCAGAAUUUAUUUUGUCUGAAGAUUAUAACAAGAUGACACCUGUGAAAAACUAUCAAGCACAUCAGAGCAGAGUGACGAUGGUCCUGUUUGUUCUGGAACUGGAAUGGGUUCUGAGCACAGGGCAGGACAAGCAGUUCGCCUGGCACUGCUCUGAGAGUGGACAGCGCCUGGGAUGUUACCGUACCAGUGCUGUGGCCUCGGGCCUGCAAUUUGAUGUCGAAACCCGUCAUGUGUUUAUUGGUGAUCACUCAGGCCAAGUCACCAUCCUCAAACUGGAACAAGAAAACUGCACACUGCUCACAACCUUCAGAGGGCAUACAGGAGGGGUAACGGCACUCUGCUGGGAUCCGGUCCAGCGUGUGCUGUUCUCAGGCAGUUCUGAUCACUCCGUCAUCAUGUGGGACAUCGGUGGGAGAAAAGGGACAGCCAUCGAGCUCCAAGGACACAAUGACAAAGUCCGAGCCCUCUCCUAUGCACAGCACACAAGGCAGCUCAUCUCAUGUGGUGGUGACGGUGGCAUUGUUGUCUGGAACAUGGAUGUGGAAAGGCAGGAGACCCCUGAGUGGCUGGACAGUGAUUCCUGCCAGAAGUGUGACCAGCCUUUCUUCUGGAACUUCAAGCAAAUGUGGGAUAAUAAGAAAAUUGGCCUAAGACAGCACCACUGCCGGAAAUGCGGGAAGGCCGUGUGUGGCAAGUGUAGCUCCAAGCGUUCUUCCAUCCCACUCAUGGGCUUUGAGUUUGAAGUCCGGGUCUGCGACAGCUGCCACGAGGCCAUCACAGAUGAAGAACGUGCACCCACCGCCACCUUCCAUGACAGCAAGCAUAAUAUUGUGCAUGUGCAUUUUGAUGCCACCAGGGGAUGGUUACUGACUUCCGGAACUGACAAAGUGAUUAAGUUGUGGGAUAUGACCCCAGUCGUGUCAUGAUGACUCUCCCAGGGACUAGAAGAUAGUCUUCACUAAAGAAACACUUGUUUGAGCCUGAAAUCAUUACAGGAAAAGGAAAGUACAUAGAGAUGAGCAGGAAGAGAAACUAAAGGCUCAAAGUGAAUCUGUGUUCUCCCCGUACUGGUGCAGUGAAGAGUGGAAGAGACUCUUCAAUUGUCCUUACAACAUAAAAGAAGAUAUUUUUUUAUCAAAUGGUUUAUACAGCCUGGCUGUGCUGCAUUGUUUUGAGUAUAUUGCAAAAUCUGUGUGGGAUGUUUAAGUGUCUUGUGUCUCAGUCUUUCAUUGUGCUUGUUGCUUUCUGUGUCAGGAAAAAAGAGAGAGAUAUGUGUUGAAGAUAUUGUGUCGUAUAAAGCAGUCUCCACAUUCUCUUCACCUCAGCAUGUACCAGACAGAGCUUUUCUCUUUUCUUGAGUCUUCCUUUACUGGCCACACUUUCCUGUUGCCAGAGUGUAUGAUUAUAGUUUGUUCUGGUGUUCUGCUUCCAUGGCCAGAUAAGAGUUAGAAAACCGCAUGUGUCCGACAGCUGGCACCUUGAGUCACCUGUGGGGAGCAGUUAUGUCGUUGGAAAUGCCUGCAUUUCUGCUUCAGCAUUCUCUUUCAUCCCACAUUAGGAAAUGCUUUCAGAAACUGCUGUCCACUGUCAGCCUGAACACCAGUCACAUGACUCAGCCUCGCCCUGCAGUGCCUGUGUCUUUCCAAAUUCAGUGAGGGCUUCUUGAGCCUUUUGCAUUUUGGACUUUGGGGAUUUUGAUUUUUUUUUUGUAGCUUUCCUUUAUUUGUAACAUAAAAGACAAACAAAAAUGUCCAUGCUCCAUGCAUCUUUCUACAUGGUGUUGCCUCUAAAUGUGAGAGUUUAUUACUUUCAAAUUAGAAUCCUGCUGUCUUCACCAUCCAUAUUUAGUUUCCCUUUAAAAACCAGGUAUCUAUGCAUCUAUGUGCUAAUGUAUACCUUUCUAUGAAGCCAGUAUGUGAUUUAAACAGAGGUACUAAGAAACGGAACAGAAUUCUCCUAAGGAAAUCAGUCCAGCUUGAUAAGGGACAGUAAGGACUCACUCACUUCAGGAUAUCAAGGUACAUUAAAAGUAGUAGCAAGCCUGGAAGCUGGCCCAUCCAAGCACUUCACACAUGCUCACCCAUUAGGGUAUCAGUGAGGGUGCCAGGUCAAAGUCCUGUGGGUACACAGGCUGAUUGCUUGCCCUGACUUUCCAUGUCAUACCUCCACAGUAUCUUCUUCACUCCUGAUUUAACAGGUGUUUCCAGGCAUGAAGUACUUAAAUGAAAUUAUAGUUCUCCCUAUUAUCUUGGUUCUGUUCCUAGAAAAGCAGUUUCCCCUAUGUCAUCAUUGCUUCUGUUUCUGGAAGAAGCAGUAGUAACCAUACUUGGAUACCACCUUUAGCACUGACGACCCAGAAUGCUUCCUGGACAAGACAUCCUGGAGCCACUUCUGCUGACUGGCAGUGGGAAGCAGGCCUGGUGUACACCUCCCACAGCCACACCCCUGGCAACUGUGGUGUGAGAGCAGAACUUGCACACUCUCCAGGAAGUGGUUUAAUGGCCUGUUCCAUGAAAUGCCACCUAGGUUCAGUUAGGCCACUCUAACUGGUUUGAGUCUUCUCUGCAUGAAAACUCCAUCACAGAGCUUUGAAAAGAGAAUCAGAGCUAAAAUAUUCAAAUAUCAAUGGUACAGUUGAUUGGUAGAAUCUACAGCCACUCCUCAAGUUGUAGAGAACUGUAUGUUGGAAAUCAGUCUCUUUGAACUGGAGCAUGACUGCACAUGGGGAAGAAAAUACAGUAUUAGGAAACUGGAGGCUCAGGCACCCAGCCCAGCAAGCCUGUGUGGAUUUCCACUAAUGUAGAGAUCAAUUCAGACUCCUAGGAAAUGGAUUACCAUUGGAGAGAGAGAGAGAGAGAGAGAGAGAGAGAGAGAGUGAGUGUGUGUGUGUGUGUGUGUGUGUGUGUGUGUGUGUGUGUGUGUGUGUGUGUGUGUGUGUGUGUGUGUGUGUCCAGCCGGGACAUCUGGUCAACCCUCGUGAAGGAGAAAGGAGAGCAGCACUUCAUUAGAACACUAUCAGAUGGCCCUACACUGGUCACCUCCCAGCUACAGCUCAUGCUGAAGGGUCUCCAGAGGUUGAAACUUCACAGUGAUGAAAAUCAUGGUUGUAUACCACAGAUAACCACAGCUCUGCCCUUUCCUUUUACCCAUGUGAAUUUGUUGGAAAAAGUGUAUCAAAACAACUGUAUAUGCACACAGGGAUGCACUGUGGAUGCUGGGUUUGCCUGGUGCUCUUAUCUCAUAGAAAAUGCAUUCUGGAGCUGACAGAUUUCCAAGCAUUCUCUGAAAAAGAAGGCUUCGUCUAUCAGGCAUGAGCGCUGGCAUGGCACUUGGCUUGUGUCUCCUCUGAGUAAAAAGAAAAAAACCACAAAUCUAUCAUCCUGUUUUGUUUGCACUUCGGUUUUUUCCCCCUCUACUGUGGAAACCUCAGCUCUGGAGAUGGUGGUGAGCAUAGCCUGUUGGGAAGUAGGGAGACCUCAUGUGCAUGGAAUUUGUUCCUUGUGGAUGCAAAGCACCUGAUACUGUUAGUUUCUCCAAAGGAAAGCAUUUAACAGCUACCUGGGUGCGUCUACACCUUAGAAGAAAAAAAAGAAAAGAAAAGAAAAAAAUGGUUUUAGAAAUAAAUACUUGGAAUUUUGUGUCAUUUUAUAAAAGGUCAGUCAACAUAAUGUGUUUCUUGGUUAAUUCAAUUAUUCAUGAAAUUACAGCAUUGGAAGGGGAUCUUGAGAUCUCAGAUGUCCUAGGUUAGUCCCACUAGGCAGUUAGAUAGGGAUAAGGUAUAAACGAGAAUCUCAAAGAACAAUGGCUUUUGCUAUUACCAAUAGCAGCCCUUUCUUGCCUGGGGCAGGAAGUCUCUGGAAUCAGGUUUGCUACUGUUUUGGGAAAAUUUGACAUAACGUUUGGUGCCUGCCUAUGGUUCUGAGUGGUGCAUGUUAUUGCAAAGACCAGUAGUCCCAUUUAUCUGUAUGUCAACAACCCCCAUAUACCAUACCCCACCGGCCACCCCUGGAGUUCCCACUGCCCUGCUGGCUAAGGGCUGCUCCACUGAGUCUGGGCUUACAGUGUUCGUCCUUGUGAGAUAUCACCUUCUCAGCAUCUCAGAGUCAUAAUUUAAAACUAUACUGUAUUUUUGUUUAACAUCAAUCCUUACAAAGCUUGAAUUUUAACUUUAAAGCAAAAGAAUAAAUAGUUCUGAACUAUGUGUCACAGUAUACAGAAAUAUUCAUAAAUGGGGCCUUUGGUUUUGCUUUUUCAUAAUAUAUAUAUAUUUAUAUUUGUAUAUAAGUGAGCUUAUUCACUAAGAUUUAUAUUUUAAAGCAAAAGAAAAACAUUUUUCCAAAGUGCUCUUAUUUUUUUCCUUUAAGAUGUUAGGUGAAAUUUUUGCUGGUGUAAAAGUGAAUACUCGGCACAAAUGAAAUAACACUCAAGUUACUUGGUUUGCCACUUUGUCAAGCUGUGAGGUCCUGCCAGGAAUGUCUGCCUGCUCCUGUGAACUGUAGCUCAUCUUGAUAGCCAAGAACUGCACACUGACCUUCAGGGGUUUGGGUCUGCGUUAUCACCUUUUACCAAGCGCCUAGGGGCUAACACGGGCAGCAGUCCUCCCGUGGACCUCUGUGCCAGAGCCUAUUGUCAAAGGUUUUGAAAAGGAGAUCAGAUUUCUGAGUGAGGCAUGAACUCUGCUUGGGUGCUUAUGGUUCCUUCUGACUCUGUGAGUGUUGCCAAUUACGGGACUAACUCAAACUGCCCCGUCACAUAGCCGGCCUCACUCAGGCAUAUGAACACACUGGCAGACCAGGGAGUUGCUUCUGACUUUUUUCUUCUAGAACCUAGUAGGUGUAGUUUUAGAAAAAGAUGGUGAACUUAAUUGUCAGUACUAUCUCAUUUAAGAUACCUCAAUGUGUUCACCUUUAGGAACUGAGAGGAUCUUACUGGGGAGACAAAGUGUUUAGGAAAUGCAAAUUUGUUCAAAUCUGACUUAAAUAUUUAUGUUUUUUUUUUUUUUGCUUGGUUCUUUGGGAUAUAUUAGUGGGCAAUUUUUUUUUUAAAGAGAAAGCAGUUUGAGCAUUUUACUUCUGAAUACUUACCAUUUUGAUGGAUUUGCAGCCUUUCAUUCAUAGUGUACGCCAGUAUGAAGUGUGGACCAAAACACUUACAGCACCAUUACCAUUGUUCUGUGUGUACUUGGCAUUUAUGCCAUUUGCCUUGCAUUUUAAAUGGAUUUUUCAAGGUAUUGUCAUUUGGGGAGGAAAAAAAAUAUCCUGCUUGACAAGUGUGAAAACUGUCAGCAGGGAAGGUACUAACCCCACAGUUGUACCUGUCAAUUGUUGUAUUGUGACCAGGAACUUGGGUUCUUCCCUUUGCACAACUGCCACCUGGGGCCUGGAUGUGGCUGCCAUGGGUUUGUUACCUUAUGGGUGUCUUUUUCCAGAAAAAUCAGGAAUUAGGAGAUUAGGAGAGGGCUCAGCUAAGCAUGCUACACAGCCUGAAGCCAGAAGCUAGAACAGGCCACUACACAGCCUGAAGCCAGAAGCUAGAACAGGCCGCUACAAAGCCUGAAGCCAGAAGCUAGAACAGGCCGCUACAAAGCCUGAAGCCAGAAGCUAGAACAGGCCUCUCCAUGGUGGCUUGAGUCAAACCCCUCUGGUAGUUGCUAUGUUCCCUGCCACUGGAUUCCACCAACCACACCCACUGCUCUUGAUCCUAACAUAAAUGUGAUGAGCUGGCACUGAGUGAGACUAAUCUGUGACAUUAAGAUGACUGUAUCCCUGUAAAUAAAUGCUGCUCGGCACUGUGAAUGUUUCUCUCUCCGUUUUCCCCUGUAUGGCCCUCUAGCCUCUUGUGUAUGUGUAGCCUAUUCCGGUGUACGGCUCAGAGCAGUGGCCCCAGUGGCUUACAAUAAAUGUUCGAACACCUGC